AUGGUACUUCAGGAUCAGUCAGCUGUGUCUUCAACGCGAAAGUCCGUAUAUGGGUGCAAAAGGAGAGUCAAAAAGUUUGUCACGAGCAAAACUACACCCAAGGGAGCGGAUAAAGGCGCAGGCAAAGGCGCAAGCAAAGACGGACAAAGGAGAAUCACAAAAUGUAUUACAAACUGUAUUACCACCCCUGUCGCACCUCACACAAACCAGAAAAAUGACUCUAACAGAAGCAACAAUUCCGUGAAAUGGGCCCUGUCUAAGCCCAAGGUGAUAAUCGUACCCCUCCUGGCCAUUUUAUACGUCCUAUCAUUGCAUGGCGUGUUCUGCCCUCAAAAGGACUUUCAUCAUUCGAGAUCGCUAGUUGAACAAAAUGCAAUCCCUGUUGUAUAUAUGCCCAACCUAGAUAUUUCGCCACCUGUAACUUAUGCUUGCGCCCCCUCGGUUAUUGAGGUCUGGGCAAAUAGUAACGCAAGGUCGGGAACUAAUAAGAAAUUAAAAAAUGCUCUUAAGAGAAGUGUUAGUGAGAAAAAUUUUAAGAAGAGAUUCAAGUGGACAUGGCCUAAAAUAUCAAAAAAGUUUGUCGACGCAUCAAGAGGAAAUGAGUUGAAAGAGGAUCCCAAUCAACCUCGUGUUCUCCUGACCUGCCAUGAUCUACACAGCCCAAGUCAUAUGCAGUACCCACUUGAUCUAUCUAGUCCGCAGGAUGUGCGUUCUUCCCCCGGUUCAUUGGCCCCAACGGAUCACCAAGAUGCAUAUGAGCCACGGGCCACCCAAACCCCGUAUGAACCACUAGCCACCCAAACCCCGUAUGAACCACUAGCCACCCAAACCCCGUAUGAACCAGUGGACAAUCAAAACACAUAUGAUUCACGAAAUGCCCAUGACCCACCUGGUGCAUAUUACCCAAGCGAUGCAGAAAUAAAGAACAGCAUUUACAACACCAUGAAGGAACCCCAAACGAUAAUAGAUUUAGCGUCCUGCAAAACCCUUACGCCAAAGGAAAAAAUCGAGUUCUUCUUCUACAGCACGAGCAGCUAUAUAUAUUUUACUCAAGAAAUGAAGAAACGAAUUUUCGCAACUGGUCCCUUAGUGACAAAAAAAUACAUGGCGGAAAUCUUUUUUGACUUAUGUGAUGAACAGAAGAAAAACUUCCUCUUCAUGAAAGAAACCAUGGCCAAAAUAUCCUUCAUGUUAGCUGAUCAAUUUAAUUUACCAGAGGAAAAACGAUCAAAAUGUUGGACCCAAGUGGAUAAUAAACUUAACAAAGUAAUGAACCAAUUUGAUCUUCGUGAUCGUGCUGACUUUAAUCAUUUUCUGAUGCAAAAAAAACGUCACGCUGCUGAAGAUUUUGAAAGUUUUAUCGAAAACAGAAUUUGCUUAUGGAACAAAAUUACCAGAGAAAAUAGAUAUGAAUCCUUUUUAGAAUUGUGUACAAAUUUAAAUAAAAAUUCCUUAAGGAACAAAUGUGCAGAUCAUGAUAAUAAUUAUCAACCUCAACAGUCAAGUGACUGUUAUGCUGCUAGUAACCCAGACGUGUCCAAUAACGCCAUGAACACCAAUACCCGGGUCAUGUCCCAUGAAACCCCUACUGCUAGCACCCCUGUUACGCUUCACAACACUGUAAAUGUCGCAAGUUCUCCUUCACAAUACAGCAACGUCAACGUGAACAGCGGCAACGUCAACAGCAGCAACGUAGAAAAUGGACCUGUGCCCUGCAACAGCACCAGUGUCGCAACUAAGCCCAUGCCAUGCGCUACCUUUAGCCCUAGUAGGCCCACUGUGCAGCCAUCUCAGUACAAAAGUUCGAAUGCUAAUGUUACUACCUCCGUGCCCUCCAACACUUUGAAUGCGAACCCCCCAUCCACCCCGCCUUACACGACGAGCGCAACUGUUACACGUGUACCAUACAGCAAUUUUAACCCUACCAUCUGCACCAUACCACAAGGCACACAGACCCCUAACGCCGCCGUCCUAGUCGACAUGGAUAUGGAAAGGGAUCCCCCCAGGCGGAGGAAGAGAAGAAAAUGA